AUGACCUUUGAAAUCAUCGAAAACCCUGAACCUGAAAUCACCAGAGUAUUUAUUGUUAGACAUGGUCAAACAGACCAUAAUGUGCAAAAGAUCUUACAAGGACAUUUAGAUACAGAUAUCAACGAAACAGGUAAGGAACAGGCAGAGAUCGUUGGUAAAUACCUUUCUAGAAUUCCCUUUGACUAUUUUGUAUCGUCAGAUCUAACUAGAUGUCAGCAAACGUUGCUACCAAUAUUAUCCCACCAACAAACGAAAACAGUAAAGUAUACGGCCAAUUUAAGAGAAAGAGAUAUGGGGAAAGUGGAAGGGAUGUAUUUGAAGGAUGCAUUAGAGAAAUAUGGUCCUGGAUUCCGUAACUUGGGAGAAAAGGAAGGUGCAUUGUGCAAACGUGUUGAAAAAGAAUGGAAUGAAAUCAUUGAGCAAGGUCACAACAAUGUUUUAGUUUGUACCCACGGAGGUGUGAUUACUAGAUUUAUUAGCUAUCUAUAUAAAGAGUUGGGGUACGAAUUAAACAACAAAUUAACACCAGAUGAUUUGAAGGUUCCAUUCAACACGUCAGUUUCGGUUAUAGAUGUUGAAAAGAAGACCAAAAAGGGGGUAAUUCAAGCUUUCGGAAAUACUUUACACUUGGGAGGAAAUUUCGAAGUGAAAGACCAAUUAUUAAGAUAG